UCUGAUUCCCUACUGGUUGCCGGCUGGGAUCCCGCCUAGUGAUUUGCCGUGGAAGGGGCGCUGAGCGUGGUGUUUGUUCAGAGUGGAUUUUGGAUGGUCAAGACUGUUGGGAGGGGCCAGUGUUCAGUAUUUGUAUUGAACUGAAUAUAGGCGACUGGUUCGUCGUGAAAUAGGCUCCCAGUUGAGUGCCCAUCAUCUCUUAAUCGAGGCCAACAUUUGCAUCUUGGUUGUUAGUUGUGAACUCAACUAACUUUCAAGAUGCGGACUGGACUGCUGGAGCCAUCUUUAUACAGUGUGAAGGGCAUGGCAAUUCUGGAUAAUGAUGGCAACAGAAUUUUGACAAGAUACUAUGAUACAGAAACAUUUCCAAGUGCCAAAGAACAAAAGAUGUUUGAAAAGAAUCUAUUCAACAAGACACACAGAGCAAGUGCUGAAAUAAUAAUGCUGGAUGGUCUUACUUGUGUGUACAAAAGCAAUGUGGACCUUUUCUUUUAUGUGAUGGGAAGUUCACAUGAAAAUGAACUGAUUCUGAUGUCCGUCCUCAACUGCCUGUACGAGUCUGUCAGCAUGAUCCUGCGGAAGAACAUCGAGAAGCGUGCUCUACUGGACAACAUGGACGUCGUCAUGCUGGCAAUGGACGAGAUCUGUGACAAUGGCAUCAUCAUGGAGUCGGACUCUGCGGCCGUGAUGCAGCGGGUGGCCGUGCGCACUGACGACAUCCCGCUGGGCGAGCAGACGGUGGCGCAGGUGAAGGCUAGGGUGUCGGGCCUGACGGGAAGCGUGUUGCAGUCGGCCAAGGAGCAGCUGAAGUGGAGCCUGCUCAAGUAGCGAUGAUGCUCGUGACAAAUCUGGAAGCCGACGGCCGCGAUAGGUGGCGCUCUCGACCACCCGCUCGAGUUCACCCCAACGAUGACGGCGGACAACGGCGGAGCUGCGGGGGAAUGGAGAGGCCCUGCCAUUGUGGGGUUGACUGCGGCGCUUUUACGCGCAGUCUUUGAGCGGGCCCCUAUUCCGUUUGGCUUGUGAUCGUGUUUUGCGCAUGUGCACCUGUUUGUUAUGGGUCGGAUAUAUUUAACGUAAAGUGGCGAGGGAGGUGAAGCAUAUGGAAGAAAAAUGUCAUCGCGAGAUUUUGUCUUUUUGUGGUUCAAAAUCGAUGCUAUCGAAAUAAAUAUCGUGCAUUGGCCAUCGUG